GCAGCAGCAGCAACGCAGCAGCAGCAGCAGCAGCAGCGCAGCAACAGCCGCUUAGAGCUGUGCAUUUACAGUUAAACAUAAACAUUUGCGAAAUUUAAGUGCCGUUCACACACAAUGAAGCCAUCGGAUUUGCUGCUAGUGUUGCAAAAGGUCAAGUUCAGGGUGCCAUUGCCGCCGGGCGUCAGCUCCACGACGCUGCUGCCGAAGCUCAUACGCACCAAGGAUGUGAAGCAGCUGCAGGAUGGCAAUGCACAGCCCACAAAGCCCAAGUUAACGAAAUGUCUAAAUACCCUGGACCUGACAUCGUUGGGCAUUGGAUCCUGCUGCGGCACCGGAAUGUACCUUGUUGCCGGUCUGGUGGCACAAAAGAUGGCCGGACCCGGCGUCGUUAUUAGUUUUAUUAUAGCCGCCAUUGCGAGCAUAUUCUCAGGCGCUUGCUAUGCGGAAUUUGGCGUUCGUGUGCCACACACAUCCGGCUCGGCCUAUAUGUAUUCAUAUGUGGCAGUUGGAGAAUUUGUAGCUUUUAUAAUUGGUUGGAACAUGAUAUUGGAAUAUCUAAUAGGAACAAGUGCCUGUGCCUGUGCAUUAAGCUCAAGUUUUGAUUCAUUGACGGGCAAUGCCAUUGCGACUGCGAUGAGCGAGUCCAUUGGCACCAUAUUUGGCAAACCACCCGACUUCAUAGCCUUUGGCAUAACGCUCAUCAUGACCAGUGUCUUGGCGAUGGGCGCCAGCAAAUCAGUUAUUUUUAAUCACACCCUGAAUGCCAUCAAUCUGGCCACGUGGGUGUUCGUAAUGGCCGCCGGGCUCUUCUACGUGGAUACGAAAACGUGGUCGGAGCAUCAGGGCUUUCUGCCCUACGGCUGGAGUGGGGUGUUCUCCGGCGCCGCGACCUGUUUCUAUGCAUUUAUUGGUUUCGAUAUUAUCGCAACCACCGGCGAGGAGGCGCACAAUCCGCAGAAGAGCAUACCCAAGGCAAUUGUUGGAUCCCUCAUUGUCGUCCUCAUUGCCUACGUGAGCGUUAGUCUAGUGCUAACAUUAGUCGUGCCGUAUGACCACAUAAAUACGGGCGCAGCUCUGGUGCAGAUGUGGUCGUACGUGAAUGCGCCCAAGUGUCGUGCCGUGGUGGCGAUUGGGGCCACGGCGGGCCUCUCGGUGGCCAUGUUCGGCUCGAUGUUUCCGAUGCCGCGCGUCAUCUAUGCGAUGGCCCAGGACGGCUUGAUAUUCAGGCAAUUGUCGCAUCUGUGGCAGCGUACAAAUGUGCCCGGUCUGGCAACGCUGGGCAGCGGUCUGGCCGCCGCCUUGGUGGCGCUGACCGUCCGCCUGGACAUACUCGUCGAGAUGAUGUCGAUCGGCACACUGCUGGCCUACACUUUGGUGUCCACCUGCGUCCUGGUGCUGCGCUAUCAGCCGCACAGCACGUCGCUGGUGGAGCUGUUGCCGGCGCAGCUGCGUACGCCGCUGGCGCCGGGCACUGCGACAGAUCCGCAUGCCCGGCCCUCGGAGGUGCUGGAGCCGAAUAAGCUGACCAUAAAGCGUGUGACGCGCGGCAUGUCCGAUUCGGAUGAUUCAUUCAUUGACGACAGUCCCGAGGGCUAUUUGGGCGGACGGGACGAUCAGUUCCUUGUCUCGGAUCGUUCCGAGAACAAGUUCUACGGCAGCGUCCAUGGUGCACCAACCGGACCAACCGGUCAGGCCACCGCCUUCGAUACGAUGGGCCUUAAUUUUAUAUCACGCAAAAUACAUGACUAUGCGUACCUGUGCCCCGGUUUCUUUCCAUGGAUAAAUCCCGGUCAGGCGACCUCCGAAACUGGCAUGUAUGUCACGAAACUAGUUGGAAUCAUGUUCGGUCUCAUAUUCUUCUUGGAUUUGUUCGCGGCCAUCGGUUGGUCCGGCGGCCUGGCCAUCUUCAUUUAUAUCAUUUUAUUUAUCGGCAUAUUUGUGAUAUUAUUGAUUAUAUCGAGACAACCACAGAAUAGAUAUGCACUCGCGUUUUUAACGCCUGGACUUCCAUUUAUUCCGGCUAUCGCAAUAACUGUUAACAUUUAUUUAAUAUUUAAGCUUAGCAUACUGACCCUCAUUAGGUUCACCGUCUGGAUGUCCCUCGGCUUCAUCAUGUACUUCUACUACGGCAUCACGCACAGCAGCCUCGAGCAGACCAGCGACGAGCUCGAGCUGCACGUGGACAAGGACUACAGCAAAAACGUCGAUGACAAGGCCGUCUGGGACCAGCAAUCGUAUAACCAAACGCAUGAGCCCGUCUGGGCCAGCAAGGAGAUCAAGCAGCCCUCAAAGCAACGUUAUAGCUACGGCAAGAGCUCGACAGCCAAGAAUGCGGCCAAUGCCGGCAAGUCCGGCAAGGAUGCGGACACGGCUUCAGCUGCGUCGGCUGCGUCGGCUGCGAGAACCGGCCCGGUGCCGUCGCAGUCCGGCAAUGCACGGAGCGCGACGGGCAGCGCCCGCAUGCUGGAGCAUCAGUAUACCGGGCAGUUCAGCAUGUUCGUGGACGAGGGUCAGUUCCCCACGUGGGAUGACUAAGGAGCUCCAACUAUUUUCGUUUCAGCAAUGAGAUGCUAAUCGUUAAUAUACCAAAACAAGUAUAUAUACUUAUAUAUGAACAGGUAUAUACAUAUAUAGCCGACUUACCGUAUCCGACAACCUAAACGACCCACAAAUCGAAACAAACCUAACCAAAUGCGCAAAGAGCUGACAACCAAGACCUGUAAAUAUGAUUAGACUUAUUAAGUUUAACGAUAUUAUCUAUAUAUAAUAUAUAUACAUAUAUACAUAACUAUACAGUUACAUACAGUGCAGCCUCAAUAGUUAUUGUUUGUGCCAUUGAGGCUCCACUGUAUCGAUAUCUCCAACUCUUGAACUUAUACAAACAAACUCGGCAUCUGCUAUAUAUACAUAUGCAUAUACAUAUACAUAUACCUAUGUAUGUAUGUAUAUAUAUAUACUUAUACACAAAUAUACAUACAUAUAAUUAAAAUUGAUUCAGAUUGUUGUAGAACCACGCCAGCGUGUGAAUACUGUACUCAAAUUCGACUGGCAACUCGAUAUUGGCUUUGGGUACUCGGGCUAAUUUUUUUUUUUUUUUUGUUGUUUCUUUGUUGAUUUUCGAAUUUCGGGUUAACGGUUUGCCAGUCGAAAUUGAGCGCUGAAGUGGACGCAGAAGAGAAAACAGAAAGAAAAAAAAUCAAAUUGCAUAUUUUUGAGAUUGUUGAGCAUAAUUAGGGUGGCCAUUUAUUUGGGCUGCCAUAUUUUAGUAAAUACUAACUAGUUCAAGCUAUGCACGCACGCGUGCGUGCGCCCCCUGUACAGUAUAUAUAUAUACACACAACAACAAAAGAAAAUGCAACCAAAUACGCACGCACGCACGCACGCAAGCACACGCACACGCACACGCACGUACGCGCACGCCUAUAAGCAGGCUAUAUAUGUAUGUAUGAAAGCCCUGGAAAUGCAACGUCAGCCUUUUCGGGCAUAUUUAGCGUAUUUUUUUUCGGGCAUUCGUAUAAAGACAACAAAUGGAAACAAACGGCAACUAAUCUCUGCUGCAUAUAGAUAUAUAUCUACAUAUAUAUAUAUAUAUAUAUUAUCAUUCUAUCGAUUCUAUGUAUAUUGUAUUUAUGAUUAUUGACAUUGCCAUUGCAGUUAUUGCUACUAUAUGCAUUAUACGAUACGAUAACAAGUAUUACGAAUACUUACUUAUAUUCAAAAUGUUUAUUGUUUCGACUAUUCUAGAGGCUCGCGCUAAACUCAUUUUUAUGCGGUAUUCGGUAUUUGUUGUAAUUUAAUA